AUGGCUUUUAUGCGUCUCUUUAUCCUGCUCAUGAGCCUGCUGCCAGCUCCUGCCUAUCUCGCCAGCGAUACCUAUCAGGCCAAUCCAUACGACCCAACGCUUCAAUUUUAUAUGCCGCCGGACUGCGAUUCUAAAUCGAACCGCAAAGUCAACCCGAACGAUUGCAUCCAGGCACUCAAACUGAUCAAGUACGAGACAGAUGGGACCCUAUAUGCAUGGGAAUCCCACUUUGAAAGGGCUUUUGGUACCUGCGUUGUAAGAGCUCAUGAACUCAGCAUUCUCUUCUGA